AUGCAAAAAUCGAAUGAAGAUUGCUUCUAUUUCCUCACAUCAUCCUGUGCAAAAGGUUCUGGAUGUACUUAUCGGCAUAAUUCAGUAGUUUUAACAUGUAAUGUCAUAUGUCCAUCUUGGCUACGUGGAAAUUGUACAGAUUCGGCUUGUUCAUUACGUCAUAGUACUGUUCAACGUCCAACUAUCAUCAAUAAUGGAAUAUCAUGUUUUUAUGAAAAUACACCCAUGGGUUGUCUUAAACUCGAUUGUACAUUUGUUCAUUCACGUCCUCGUCCAACUGUAAGAAAUCCAUCAACUCUUCGAUCUUCAGCGACAAAUCUUGUCAAUAAAGAUGCAAUUAAAUCAACAGCUAUAACAAAUCCUUCUUCUACUCCUAGUAGUAUACUUCAAACAACAAAUGAUUCAAUAUCUAGUCCACAAAUCGAUUCCUCUCAAUCUUCAAUACCAAAAGUCGAAAUUCUAUUAACGUCUACUGAAAUACCAUCAUCAACAAUUCCAAAUGAAACUAUACCACGUCGUGUAGCUGUCCCAAUAGAAAAUGAACAAACAGAAACUACAAAUCGUAAUGUUAUUACAGAUUCUACAGAAAAAAAUCAAGAAGAUACGAAAACUACAAUAACAACAACAACAACAACAACACAAUCACGAGUUGUUGGAAACCGAAAUGUUGUUAUUGCUGAAUCAGCAAAUACUUCAAAUCGAAAAAUAGUACAAGGAACAACAAAUCGACUUGUUGUUUCAUCUGAUACAAUCAAUUCAUCAAAGAGAAUAACAAAUGAUAAUGAUAGUGAUAGUGAUAUUGAUCUAGAUGAUUUAGUUAAACAACCAGAAAAUGAUAAUAAAAAAACAAAUUCUGUGAUUGAUAUUCCAUUUCCUUGUUCAGCUCCAUCGAUUACUAAUCGUUUAUUUAUGUCAGCUAAACAAACAACUCCAACAAAUGAUACGAAACCAAUUCGAUUAAAGCGUGAUCGUUUGCCCGCAACAAAAAUAACAAUAACAAACUCACCAAAUUCUAUUUCUACAUCAUCAAAUGGAGAAAAAACAUCUGCGGGAACAGAAUUAUCACAAGAUGAUGAACGUCGAACAAGUCGUAUUGAACGAUUCAAGAAGAAAUCAAUUUCAUCGCCUCGAUCUGUGGCUAAUACAUCAUCAUCAUCGCCAACAACAACAACAACAACCGUAGCAGUACCAAAUCGUAAUAUUGUUACUCCAUCUACUAAUGAACGUAAACGUCCAGGGCCAGAAUCAUCAGUAAAUGAUUCACCGCCAUCAAAACGUCUUUCUUCUCAACAAGAAAAUAAUCAUUAUCAUAAUGCAGCAACAACAACAACUAUUGGUGAUCUAUGUUCGCCAUCGUCAAAUUCUCGUCGAACAUAUGAUCGUUACCAUCAUCGUCAUCGUUCAUCAUCAUCAUCUUCAUCAUCCUCACAAAGAAAAUCCUCACCUCGUUCGACAUAUCCAUUAACAUCAUCAAUGGAUGAUUCGACUUGGAAAAAAGAAGUCGAUGAAUUCCUUGCUAAAACAACUCAACCAAAAAAUUUCUUACCAUCAAUUACAAUGCCAUGUCAACCGGUGUCUCUUCUUUCUUUACGCCCACGUUAUAUACCACCACCACUACUACCACAACAACAACAACAAAAACCAAUGAUUCCACGUCAGCCACCGCCUUCUCAACGACCUCGACAACCAUCAUCAGUUGCUUAUAAACAGUCUGCACCUCCAGUAGUAAAUAAUUUUUCUCCAGUUCCAUCAAAACCUACUGAGCAAAUUCCAUCAAAACCUACUGAGCAAAUUCCAUUAAAACCUACUGAACAAAUUCCACCAAAUAAUAAUAAUCCUCCUGUUCAAUCCCCGACAAUUCUAAAAGAAGAAGAAGACGAAGAAGAUAAAUUACUUGAACCUGAUGGAUCUACCGAUGUUGUUGAUACGUUUGCUUUUAUUGAUGAAGCAUUAUUCGACGCUGAUCAUCUCCUUGAACUUAUGUGA